GCUUCCUAGAUAAUCAAAUCAAGUUUCAAGCCGUUACAAGGAAAGUCAAGAAUGACUUUUCUAUCACCAUUGCCUCCUCAGGUAUAAUUUUUAUUGUUAUUUUUUUAAAAAAUCUUAUGUAGGAGGGUAUAUUUAUUUUGAAAUAUCUCCCCUUUUGUGAGCUUUGGUUACUUAAUCAUGUCUCAUUCCAUACCACACAAUAACCGAUAAAUAUUGUGUCAACUUGCUAGGGGAAAAAAAAGCCAAAUAUUGUAAAAUCUACAGCUUGAAAUUUUAUUUUCAAUCUUCUCUAGUAGUUUCUAAAUUUUUUAAUUCUAGCACUUCAAUAUUUUAGAUAAACAUAUACACGUCAGAGGAUAUAAUCCAUAUCAAACCAAUAGCAUUCUUUCACAGCAGAUAACUAUCCAUCCUCUCAUCACAUAAAUAUCCACAAAUACACACCACUCAUUUAUACAAAGAAUCAAUCUUUUCCUUCACUACUCUAUCCACAACCUCACAUAUUAAAACCCCAUCAACCCCUUCUCACCUUUUCUUGAUUCCAAAUUUUCAAUCACAAAAGCAACCACCACCAUCAUAUCUAUUAACAAUGGCUACUGUUACCUCUGCUGCUGUUGCUAUUCCAUCUUUCACUGGCCUCAAGGCUGGUGCUUCCUCAUCUUCCAGAGUUAGCACAGCCUCCACCAAGGUGUCAGCUACCCCGGCUGCCAGAUUGGCCGUGAAGGCGUCUCUGAAAGACGUUGGUGCUGUUGUUGCUGCCACCGCUGCUAGCGCGAUGCUUGCUAGCAAUGCCAUGGCUAUGGAAGUGUUGCUUGGUAGCGAUGAUGGAGGUCUUGCUUUUGUUCCCGGAAACUUCAGCAUUAGCUCCGGUGAGAAAAUUACAUUCAAGAACAAUGCAGGGUUCCCCCACAAUGUCGUAUUCGAUGAGGAUGAAAUCCCAGCUGGUGUGGAUGCAAGUAAGAUUUCCAUGCCUGAAGAAGAUCUUCUGAAUGCACCAGGAGAGACUUACAGUGUCACUUUGAGUGAGAAAGGAACCUACACUUUCUACUGUGCACCACACCAGGGAGCUGGAAUGGUUGGCAAAGUUACUGUUAACUAAUUUUCUCACCUCUGUAUUAUGUAAAAGUUGAUUUGAGUUCCCAUCAAUUUCAACAUAUUCGUUUUAGUAUUGCCCUUUUCUUUUUGAGGUAAGCAUAUUUAUGGAUGUAAUGUCAUUUUGUGAUUAAUACCAACUUUUUUGGACUGUAAUAAGAUCAAAAAGUUCAACCUU